AUGAUAAAAUUCAGUUUAAUUGAAAGCCUAAACGAGUACAAAGAUGAUGUGUUCAUCGACGACGACGACAAUCUCAGCGAGGAUCUCCUCCUCGAGCAGAUUCUCAACUGUGCCAUCUCCCAGGAUGACCAUUUGUGGUACAAUACGCUGGGUUUUAUACAGCGAAUAUCCCCUGCCACCGCCAGAUCUUCGUUGAAGCUCCUCGAUGGCCUAGUCCACUCUCUCCACCAAUCCACAGACGACAAACUCAGCUUGGAGGUCCUCGCGUAUCUAAUUUCCGCCUUUUUAAUCAAAUUCAGUAAAAUCUCAUCUCUAAAUAAGCAGGAUUUGGCCGCGUGGCAGAGUGUCCUCACUUCGUCAUACGCCUCCAUAUACAGCCUCCUCAACAACUCAAACGCCCUCAAGUUAUGGGGCAACUCCGUUGAGAAGGAUACCUUUGUUAGCUGCUUCACUAAACCUAUUUGGAUCCUAAUGGAAAACGAGCUAUACAUCAAGAACGCCGACACAAAGGCAGUUUUCUUCAACAUUCUCUCCAUAUCCAUCAUCUCACACGGUCAAUCCUUCUCAGCGCAGACGUCCAUAAUCCAGAAUCUCGAGUAUUUCGACCACCUAGGCGAGCCCAUGGCUGAGCUACUUAGCCACCUCUACCACAACUACGACGAUGCUACACUCACCCACAACUGCCUGGUAGAUGUCUCCAACCGCUCAUUCUCAGGUGCCGAUCUCAAAGCACCGCGAGCGUUUUCCAAAUUCAUUACCACGCUCACGCAUCACGCACCCGCGCUCGUGCUCAAGCAUGUAGUGCUUCUACAGACGCACAUGGACAGCGACGCGUACACGAUGCGCAACGCCAUCAUAGAGGCGUUCGCCAUCCUCAUCGCGCACCUCUCCGCACUCGACAGUAGUGAGAGUGAGAGUGAAACAACGCAGACGCAAAUCGCAUCCUUCUUCACUGUCCUUAUGGAUCGCUUUCUCGACAACAACUCAUACGUGCGGUCGAAAGUGAUAGCCACAUUUAUCAAACUCGUUGAACUGCCGACAAAAUUCCCUAAGCAGCGCAUCGAGUUGCUCGAGAACACCAUACGUCAUCUCAGCGAUAAGAGUAGUAUGGUGAGGAAGAAUGCGACUGGUCUGAUCACCAAGAUGAUUCUAACGCAUCCGUACGGGAUGCUUCAUGGCGGGCGUCUGUGUGGGGAAGAGUGGCAGGAGCGACUGUCAGCUGUGGACGGGGAACUGCAGAGUGUUGCGCCAAAGCUGGAUGGCGAUCUGGAGCACGAAUCUGAGCAAGAGGAAGGAGAAAGCGAGGAGAGUUCAAACAGACGCAGAUCUAAAAAGUUUGCUCGUAAGUCGGUCGCCGCCGCCACAAACCUCGCACAGUAUGACAGCGAGCAAAUCUCUCGAUUGCAACUAACACGCUCGUACUACGCCGACGCAAUCCGCUUCAUCGGUCUAAUAGACAAGAGCAUCUUAACUAUAGCAACGCUUCUCUCCAGCACCAAUAAGUCAGAGGUGCUUGAAGCGAUAGAGUUUUUCCGGGUAGCGCACGAGUACGGUGUGACGAGUGCGCAUGUAGGUGUACGUCGCAUGCUGCAUCUGAUCUGGGCGAAAGACAAUACGGUGAUAGAGGAAGGCAAGACGGUGAAGGGGGUGCGUGCGCGGGUGAUUGACACAUACCGCUCUCUGUACCUCGACCCACUCAACGACCCCGCCAUGAGUGCACAGGCGCAAGUAUCGCGCAUUUGCAAGAAUCUUAUUCAACUCACCUUCAACGCCACCCUCGCGGAGCUCACCUCGCUCGAAGCUCUCGUUAGUACGGUAAUGGCGAAUGAUGGGAUACACCCAGAUGUGAUAUCCAAAUUGUGGCAGGUGUACGCUGUACAGAAGGACAUACCGCGCGCGCAGCGCAGAGGUGCCGUUAUUAUCAUCGGUAUGCUCGCAGUGUCACGCGCGGAUAUCGUGCACGAGCGCAUCGAUACGCUCAUUCGCAUUGGGCUCGGCCAGCUAGGUAAGGCGGACCUCGCGCUUGCGCGUUACACUUGCAUCGCCCUGCAGCGGAUAUCGGGGUCGGUGAAGAAAGUGAAGGGAUCGCUACAGGAUGCUUCUAUUCGCCUGCCCAUGUCAGAACCUAUAUUUAGGAGGCUGCAGGAGGCUCUAGAACACCCCACUACGUCCCAGGCGUGGUUCGGGAUGGCGGAGCAGGCUAUCAAUGCCAUCUACGUCCUCGGCGAACAGCCUGACAUACUGUGCAAUGUGAUGAUCAAGCAUAUGGCCCAGCGGGCGUUUAGCGCGGAGAAGAAGGAGGGGGAUGCCCAGAUGGAUGUGGAUGGUGAUGGUGAUGGACAAGACAGCCAAACCAAUCAAGACGCCCAAGAGAAUGGGAAGCAACACGUCACCGGUAAUGCGUUUCUUCUCAGCCAGCUCGUCUUCACUGUCGGACACGUCGCGAUUCGCCACAUAGUCUACCUCGAGCUGGUCGAGCGGGAGCUGAAGCGGCGCAAGGCAGAUGCGGAUGCCGAGAAGGACUCGAAGAAGAACAGCAAGCAGAAGCAGAGCGAGGGUAUAGACGAGGUGGCAGGUAAUGCAGAAGACGACAUUGGCGAUGGGAUAGCGGCAGUGAAAGAACGCGAGCUGCUGUAUGGCCCACGCAGCUUACUAGCCACUUUCGGUCCUAUUCUCGCUCAUAUUUGCUACAAUCCACGUCAAUAUUCUUUCCCAAUGCUGCGCUCAGCCGCUACGCUAUCACUGUCGAAAUUUAUGUGCGUCAGUUCUAAAUUCUGCGAGGAGCAUUUGUUGUUGCUGUUCAAGAUAUUCGAGACAACAGCCGAUGCUACGAUCCGUUGCAAUAUCGUUAUCGCAUUAGGGGACAUAGCGGUAUGUUUCUCUAACCUGAUUGACGAGAACAGUGAUAAGUUAUAUGCGGGGUUGAGUGAUUCGGAGAUAGUAGUGAAGAAGAAUACGUUCAUGGUGCUCACGCACUUGAUUCUGAAUGGGAUGGUCAAAGUGAAAGGGCAGCUUGGUGAGAUGGCGAAAUGUCUAGACGAUACAGAGCAGCGUAUUUCGGAUCUUGCCAAGUUGUUCUUCACAGAGCUGUCGACUAAGGACAAUGCAGUGUACAAUAACCUCCCAGACAUCAUCUCACAUCUAUCCGUCGGCGUGCAUGCAGUCGACGAGGAGACUUUCAAGAGCACGAUGAAGUUCAUAUUCAAAUUCAUCGAGAAGGAGAAACAGGCUGAGAAUAUCAUCGAUAAGCUUUGUCAGCGAUUCAGGCUAGCGAGAGAUGAAAAACAGUGGCGCGAUGUCGCAUUUUGUCUCUCGCUCUUGCCGUUCAAGAGCGAGCGGUCGAUUAAGAAGCUGAUGGAGGGACUGCCUUUCUACACUGACAAGCUGCACGAACCAGUCGUCUUCAAGCGGUUUGUGGAGAUACUCGCCAAGGCGCGUUCGAACAAGGCGAUGAAGAACGAUGCGGAGAUGAAGGAGUACGAGGAGACGCUGAAUAAGGCGCGCGCACAGGGCGAGGAAGAGGCGCGUUUGGCGGGUAGAGCUGCUGGCGACAAGCGCUACGACAGACGCAAGUCGAAGAGGCUGUCAGUGCAUGUUUCAAGCAACUCGCUCAAGUCAGAGGGGGAGAAUGAGGGUGAGGCGGAGGAGAAGGAGGACAGUCAACCCCCACUAUCGAGACAGAGCACUAAACCACUGUCGAGACAGAGCAGCAAGACGAAUCAGCCGUUCGAUUUUACGUCGGAAGAGGAGGUUGAUGAAGCCAAUGAUAAUGCUAAAGUGGAAGCCAAUGACAAUGCUAAAGUAGAAGCCAAACGCCUCGCUGAAGCUAAAGAGGUGAAAAAAGGUAACAGAAAACCAGCCAAACGAGGAAAAGCAGUUACACAACCAACACAACGCUCACAACCACCUCGGAGGACACGUCGACAGAAGCAGAUAAGCUCUAGUGAAGAGGAUUGA